CGCCCGCCCUACUUGAUGUGGCCAUUGGCGUCCCAAUUCUUGCCGCUCAGAAGACAAUCCAGGCCUUUCGAAAUCCCUUUAUUUGACCUUGUUUCAUGAUUCAUGGAGAAUGGAAAUGGGAAUGAUCCGUGCAAAAGUUCGGCCUUACAGGAAGAUGUUUAUCAAGGGAUUGAUGAUGGUGUUAAAGUGAACUCUAAAGAUCAGAGAGAUGCUCUGGUGGGAGAACCUAAAUGUGUUAUUUGCGGCCGGUAUGGUGAAUAUAUAUGUGAUGAGACAGAUGAUGAUAUUUGCAGCUUGGAAUGUAAACAAGCUCGACUCUUCAGGAUUUCUAACUCCUUGUUGCCAGUUUGCUCGUCAUCUACUCAAAAAUUACUUGCUACUGAUGAAUGCUUUUAUGUUAGAGAUUCUGUUGAUAGAUCAGGCCCUCCAUCUUUAACUUGUGAUCAAACUGAAUUGCUUAGAAACAAACUUGAAAUCAAUGUAAAAGGAGAUGCAGUUCCUGCUCCAGUAUUGGCAUUUUCUUCCUGUGGGCUUCCUGAGAAGCUCCUACAAAAUAUGGAAACUGCAGGGUAUGUCAUGCCAACACCGGUCCAGAUGCAAGCGAUCCCAGCUGCUUUAGAUGGUCAAAGCCUACUUGUUUCAGCUGACACAGGAUCUGGGAAAACUGCUUCCUUCCUUAUUCCUAUUAUUUCUCUUUGUGCAAAAUUUCGACAGAACUUCUCAAAUCCCAGAAAGCCGUUAGCAGUGGUUCUAGCACCAACUAGGGAACUAGGUAUCCAAGUUGAGGACCAAGCUAAGUUGCUUGGAAAAGGUUUGCCAUUCAAAACUGCACUUGUGGUUGGUGGAGAUCCCAUUGCUAGACAACUAUAUCGUGUUCAGCAAGGAGUGGAACUAAUUAUUGGAACACCAGGCAGACUUAUUGAUCUUUUAAUCAAGCAGGAUAUCAAACUAGAUGACGUGAAGAUAUUUGGUCUGGAUGAAGUGGACUGCAUGCUUCAAAGGGGCUUCCGAGACCAGGUGAUGCAGAUUUUUACGGCUCUAUCGCAACCCCAGUUGCUGAUGUAUUCUGCAACAAUUUCACAAGAUGUGGAGAAAAUAGCAAGUUGUAUGGCAUCAGAUAUUAUUACUGUUUCUAUUGGCAAGCCUAACAGGCCAAGUAAGGCCGUGAAGCAACUAGCUAUCUGGGUUGAGUCAAAACAAAAAAAGCAAAAGCUUUUCGAUAUAUUAAGGAGCAAACAUUUCAUGCCUCCUGCUGUGGUCUAUGUGGGUUCCAGAACAGGGGCAGAUCUACUGUCUGAUGCAAUUACCAUCACCACUGGAAUUAAAGCUUUGUCAAUACAUGGUGCUAAGUCUAUGAAGGAAAGGAGGAAAACGAUGAGGUCGUUUUUAGUUGGCGAAGUUUCAGUAGUUGUGUCCACAGGAAUUUUGGGUCGCGGAAUGGACCUUUUAGGAGUGAGACAGGUAAUAGUGUUUGAUAUGCCCAAUUCCAUUAAGGAGUACGUCCAUCAGAUUGGUAGGGCCUCUAGAUUAGGCGAGGAGGGUAUUGCAAUUGUUUUUGUGAACGAGGAGGAUAAGAAAUUGAUUCCCAACUUGGUUGAUAGUUUAAAAUCUUCUGGAGCAGUUAUUCCUCGAGAACUCGGUAAUUCACGGUAUAAUGUUGCUCCCAUGCCAUCAGGAAAGCACCCUAAGAAAAGAAAGUACGGUGGCUGAAGUCAUGUGCCUCUUUUCGCAGUUGGUCGAUGAAGCCAAAAAUGCAAAAGCUUCUGUUCGCAACUGAUUGUGUAUCAUCCCACAAACUCCGAAUUAAGUAGGUUUGUUAGUUUGAAAUAGUUUAUAAAAUACGCUCUUCAAGUGAGGACGUGUGCCUGACUGCAUAUUGUAAACAAGGAUGAAUGGUGUUUGAUCUUGCACACUGCCCUUAAAUUCAAUUUCAAUGAUUGUAUAUAUAUAUAUAUUUGUUGGUA